AAACGUACUAAAGUGUCCUCACAAUAAUAAACAAAUGGCUCUUCAGUAACAAGGAAAGUGUAUAAAGGAGGUUUUUUUUAUGAAAAUAAACACAAUAAAGGCUGCAGGUGUUAAACUCAUAUAUAUCACUGAUGCAGGUCUCCUCUGAACCUCCAGUUAGAAAAUACAAAACACAGGAAAGAAGACUCAGAAGAGCCUGAACAGACCACUUCCUGUCUGAUAACAUCGACUCUGUUUCAUAAAUAAACUUCAGCUGAAGCUUCGUGUCUUUUGGAGAACUGGCCUUCGAAGGGUUAACGUGCAGUUUGUUUAAACAGCAUUCAGGCUCCACCUCUCCGCUCUCAUUGGCCGAGUUCUGAUGAUAAAGGAGUUCAACUCCACCCAUCUGUGUUUUCACAGUGGAUCUGGUCUCUCAGAGUCCAGACCUCCAGACACCAGGACCUGCAGGAUCUGAUCCAGACCAGGAGCUCAAAGAUGGCCAGCUGCUCAGGAUGUGGACCAGGAUACAGCAGCCCGCUGGACGCCAUGAAGGGUCCUCGGGAGGAGAUCGUCUACCUGCCCUGCAUCUACCGCAACACCGACACCUUGAAACCCGACUACCUGGCCACCGUGGACGUCGACCCCAAAUCGCCAACCUACUGUCAGGUCAUCCACCGGUUAUCGAUGCCGAACCUUCGUGACGAGCUGCACCACUCCGGCUGGAACGCCUGCAGCAGCUGCUUCGACGAUGCCUCCAAGAAACGAAACCGCCUGAUUCUGCCGUCGCUCAUCUCCUCCAGAGUCUACGUGAUCGACGUCGGGACGAACGCCAGAGAGCCACGAAUCCACAAGAUGGUGGAGCCUGUGGAUCUGUACUGGAAGUGCGGCCUGGCGAACCCUCACACCAGCCACUGUCUGGGCAGCGGUCAGAUCAUGAUCAGCUGCAUGGGAGACCCGUCAGGCAACGGCAAAGGUGGUUUUGUGCUGCUGGAUGGUGAGACGUUCGAGGUGGUCGGUAACUGGGAACACCCGGGUGAAGCGGCGCCCUUCGGCUAUGACUUCUGGUACCAACCUCGACACAAUGUGAUGAUCAGCACCGAAUGGGGGGCGCCCAAAGCUCUGGUUGAUGGUUUUAAUCCUGCCCACAUCAAAGAUGGUCACUACGGCACCUGCCUCCAUGUUUGGGACUGGACCUCCCACAAGAAGCUGCAGACACUCGAUCUAGGCGAAGAUGGCGCUAUUCCCCUCGAAGUCCGGUUCCUCCACAACCCCGACGCUACUGAAGGCUACGUGGGAUGUGCUCUGCGGGGAACCGUGUUCAGAUUCUACAAAACACCAAGAGGAGACUGGGCUGCAGAGAAGGUCAUCAGUGUUCCCAGCAAGAAGGUGGAGGGAUGGAUGCUGCCCGAGAUGCCUGGUCUUAUCACAGACAUCUUGAUCUCAUUGGACGACCGUUUUCUCUACUUCAGUAAUUGGCUGCACGGUGACAUCAGACAGUAUGACAUCACAGACAGGAGGAACCCGCGAUUGGUCGGCCAGGUGUUUCUGGGAGGAAGUAUCAUCAGUGGCGGACCAGUCAGAGUCCUGGAAGACCCGGAGAACCAGCCGCAGCCCCGCCCACGCAUCAUCGAGGGGAAGCGUGUACCUGGAGGUCCUCAGAUGUUACAGUUGAGUUUGGACGGUUUGAGACUUUAUGUGACGACGUCUCUGUACAGCGGCUGGGACAAACAGUUCUACCCCGACAUGCUGCGAGAGGGUUCAGUGAUGAUGCAGAUCGAUGUGGACUCUGUGAACGGGGGUCUGUCCCUGAAUGAAAACUUCCUGGUGGACUUCGGUAAAGAGCCGGACGGUCCGGCACUCGCCCACGAGCUGAGAUACCCGGGAGGAGACUGUACGUCCGACAUCUGGCUGUGAAACCUCACUAACAGUCUCGUAUAGAGAAAUAAAGUUUAAAUUCCACUUCAGCAGAUUAAUCAGGUAAUAAUCAAUAAUCACAUCAGCUUGUACUGAUUAACCUUCAUCAUCGCAUUCAUCACUGCCUCCAAAUCACUUUUAUUUCACCUUUACAGUCUCUGAAGGACACCUUGCACCUUUCAUACAAGUUAUUGUUAUUUAAAGUGCUUUACAGCGACUGACCAACUAAUGAAAUCCAAUAAAUCAUCAUUAUAAUCACUUUUCAAAAUAAAAUAAUUCAGUAGAAUCAAACUAAAUAAAAUGAGGAAGGAAGUAGAAUAAAAUAAGACAAUGAAAUCAUAUGAAAACGUUAUUUUAGAGGUGAAUCAUGUCGUCAGUGUGUUUAAAUACACGUCUGCUGUCUGGCUGGUUUAUCAGAGAAAACCUCACAUGUUUUCCUUUUAUUGUGAAAUUUAAAUGUAAAAUUAAUUUUGUGUUUUUAACAACAAAACUGGUUGAAAAAAACAAACAAAAAUAAAAACAUUCCUGCUGAAUAAACAAGUGUUGAUGUUACAUUUAAAAGAAAACUCGACUGUUUCUGGAAAUUAUAGAUUAUAGUUAUAGUUUGACUGUAAAUUUUUAAAAAAUCUAAAUAAAAACAUGAACUAUAAACUUACAGAAACUCAACAAUAUGCAGAUAAAACAUAUUAUAAGCAAAGUAAAACAAACUGGUGACAUUAAUAACAGGUGCCGCUGCAUCACAUCCUGUAAUAAUAAUAAUAAUAAUAAUAAUAAUAAUAAUAAUAAUAAUUAACAGCACAAAUAUAAACAGUGAAACAGCAAAGACAGUUUAAAGUGAACUCGUCUCUGCUGUCUGAUCCUCUUGAAGACUUUCCCUCCAUCUGAUUUAUGACUAAUAAUUAACUAAUAACAUUGAUUAAACACACAAACUGACUCUGUUGCAGACAGACAGAUUAAAUAAGAUAGUUAAUAAUAAUAAAGUCGACCUGUAAACUGUGUUUCGUUCAUAAAGAUGCAUCAAACAGACACUGAAUGUUCCGUUAAACAGACCCGGUGUGAGUUCACGCUGCUUCACCUGUGCAGGUGUGAACGUUCGUCUGUGUUCAUCCUUCAGUCUGUUGUUGUUGUUUAACUGUUUCCUGUCCGCCUGCCGUCAAACUGUUCACACUCAUGAUGACGCUGAAAUAAAGUUUGUCUGAAGCGUC